AUGCCGGGCGGGGACGCUGCGAGCCGUCUGCAGAGUCAUCCCGUCGGGUCGAUAAAUGAAGCGGCCUACGACGAAUUCGACGACGGAGAAUACGCGGACGCCGACUUCCAGGAUGGUGCCCCCAGUCCCGGCCGUCGCGCCCUGCAAGGGCCCCUUGGCGACGUCGUCCACCACCUCGGGGCGGCGGCUGCCGGAGUCAAGGGCGGAAUCGAGCGCUUCAAAUCCUCCAAGGCCGGCCAGGCGCUCGCGCCGGCGGGGCGGGCCCUGAGGCCGCUGGGGGCACCGCUGCUGAACACCGCCGUCGUCGGCGCGUCCGUCGCCCUCUGCUUCGUCGCGCCGGGCAAGGCGAAGGUCCUCGGACUCUUCAGCGUCGCCGCAGACCAGGCCCUGCGGCGCGCCCCGCUCGGGGGGUUGCCGCCGCUCGGGAUCCGCAUGAUGAAGGUCCUGCGGAGGUUCUCAGCGCCGAUGCUGACGCUGCUGGCGCUGCGGGUCACCAUGCCCUGGGCGACGCCGUCGCUGUGGCGCAACGUCAAGUACUGGCAGCGGGCUGUCCCCAUCGCCUUCCGCUACGCCCGCGUCGGGCGCGAGGCGCGCGCUCUCCGCGAGGCUGGCGACGAGGACGCCGCGAGGCAGCUCUGGCUCGACGAACACGAGCUGCUGGCCGAGGAAAUCUCCCUGACGCUGCGCGAUAUCAGGGGCUUCUACCUCAAGCUCGGACAGAUGAUCGCGUCGAAGGGCGACAUCCUGCCCGAGGCCUACCCGCGCAACCUGGGCAAGCUGUUCGACCAGAUGCCGUACGAGCCCCUGAAGAAGGUCGAGAAGACGCUGCGGGAGGAGCUCAAGCUGCGGCGCGUGUCGCAGGUCUUCGAGGAGAUCGAGGAGAGCCCUCUCGCCUCGGCCACCGUCGGCCAGGUGCACUGUGCGUGGCUCAGCGACAACAUCAUCGAGGACGAAGACGUCCCGAAGCUCUCCUCCGGACGCGAAGUCGUCGUCAAGGUCCAGCACCGCGGCGCCGAGAAGCAGAUGCGCACGGACCUGCGCAACAUGCGCGUCUUCCUGGAGCUCGCGAACGCGUUCGGGCUCGACUUUGGCUUCGACGGUCUGACGGUGAUCAAGGAGUAUCAGGACGUGGUGCCGGGGGAGUUCGACUUCGAGCGGGAGGCGGACAACAUGCAUUACCUGCGCGAGGAGCUCGCGAAGGACCCGCGCACCGCCGGGCGCGUCGUCGUGCCGCAGCCGGUGAUGCAGCUGUGCACGCGGCGCGUGCUGGUGAUGGAGCGGCUGCACGGGACGCCCGUGCUGGACAUCGCGCCGGGCGGGGUGAAGUCGGCGCCGAAGGGCGUGCGCGAGACGGUGAUGGUGAACGUGAUGCAGGCGUGGGGCGUGAUGAUGUUCAGCGCGGGGGUGUUUUCGACAGACCCCCACCCGGGCAACAUCCUGGUCCUGCCCAACGGCGUCGCGGGCCUGCUCGACUUCGGCCAGGUGAAGGAGCUCAGCGCAGACGACCAGGUCCUCAUCGCGCUCCUCGUCCUCGCCCUCGCGUCGCGCGACGAGGACGCCGUGCUCGACGCCAUUGACAUGGUGGGCCUCGAGCUGUCCAACUGCACGGACGAGUUCCGCGUGGCGAGCGCGUACAUCUUCUUCGACACGCGCAUGGACAUCCCCGAGGCCUUCAUGUCGCCGCACCACGAGGAGGCGGUCGAGUUCCGCGAGACCAAGGUCGACAACCUCCCGCCCGACAUCUUCAUGCUCGUGCGCGUCACGACGAUGCUGCGCGGCAUCCUCGGCUCCCUCGACGUCGACGUGUCGGCCGCCAAGGUGUGGGAGCCCCAGGCGCGCAAGUGCCUCGAGGCGCUCGGCGUGGAGGACGUUCCCCCCUGGGCGGAGCAGCUGCUCGCGGAGCCGGCGAGGCCGCCGCCGCGGUCGCCGAAGAAGGCGGACAGCGGCGAAGUGACGGCGUCGAGCUCGCGCGAGGGCGCGCCGACCGCGGUCAACGACGACGCCGUCCCGACGCCCGAGGAGGUCCGCGCUGCAACGAUUGCGGCGACGGGCCCAAAGGGGGUCCUCGCGGACAACGACAACGAAGACGAGGACCUGAAGGCUCUCCAGGCGAUCCGCGCGGGAUCCGGCGAGGAAGAGAACGAGAGACGGGGCUCGGAGCAGCGGCCAAGUUCGGAAAUUACAUUUGCAGCCGGGCGAUCGCAGGCCAGCUCGCAGGUCGGGACACCGCGCACGGGUUCGCGCGGCGAGGGCCUCGCGGACGCGAGGUCGUCCCCGCCAGCCCCCGCGCCGCCAGCCCCCGCGCCGCCGCCGCCGCCGCCGCCGCCGCCGCCGCCGCCCGCGGGCCGUCGAGAGCCCGCGCGCACCUCCUGCGGCGCCCUCGCCGCUCGUGGUGACCGGCGGCGACGUGGUCAAGUCCCGCUUCUCCGUGUCGUCGACCGGCAAGUGGAGCUCCCCUGGAGCCGGCCCCUCGACCCCGCCUGCGGCCGCGGCGCCCCCCGCUGCCACGUGGAAACCUGCGGAGCGCAGGAUGGAAACGACGCAGACGUGGGCCGCCGGCGGCGCCGCGCAGGUCUGGCGCGCGCCCUCGCCGGCCGGCUCGAUGGCGUCCUCGGGCGGCUGGAAGGCCCCUGA